AUGUCAUCCUAUAGGCGCGUGGCUCUGGUGACCGGGGCCAACAAGGGCAUCGGCUUCGCCAUUGUGCGCGAGCUGUGCCGGCAGUUCUCAGGGGACGUGGUGCUCACCGCGCGGGACGCUGCGCGAGGCCAGGCGGCGGUGCAGCAGCUGCAGGCCGAGGGCCUGAGCCCGCGCUUCCAUCAGCUGGACAUCGACGACCUGCAGAGCAUCCGCGCCCUGCGCGACUUCUUGCGCCGCGAGUACGGGGGACUGGAUGUUCUGGUCAACAACGCGGGCAUCGCCUUUAAGACUGCUGAUCCUACACCCUUUCAUAUUCAAGCAGAGGUGACACUGAAAACAAACUUUUUUAGUACUCGGGAUGUCUGCACUGAGUUGCUGCCUCUAAUAAAACCCCAGGGCAGAGUGGUGAAUGUAUCAAGCAUGGUUAGUCUCAGAGCCCUUAACUCCUGCAGCCCAGAGCUGCGACAGAAGUUCCGUAGUGAGACCAUCACAGAGGAGGAGCUGGUGGCACUCAUGAACAAGUUUGUGGAAGAUACAAAGAAUGGGGUGCACCAGAAGGAGGGCUGGCCCAACACCGCGUAUGGCGUGUCGAAGAUUGGUGUCACAGUCCUGUCCAGAAUCUACGCCAGGAACCUGAGCGUGCAGAGGAAAGGUGACAAGAUCCUCCUCAAUGCCUGCUGCCCAGGGUGGGUGAGAACUGACAUGGCAGGGCCCAAUGCCACCAAAAGCCCAGAAGAAGGAGCGGAGACCCCAGUUUACUUGGCCCUUUUGCCCUCAGAUGCUGAGGGGCCUCACGGGCAGUUUGUUUCAGAGAAAGCAGUUGAGCAGUGGUGAGCUUGACUCACAGCACCAUUCUUGGGCACCAUUUUGUUCCUGACCUGAUUAAAACACAGGGCA